GCACACGUCGGGGGGUUGGCCAGGAGGGGCCAUUGUGUGUUUCUAGGCGGCGCCCCCGCUGCCUAGGCAACCGUGCAGCAAGGUGUCCGGCCACCUGCGCGCGCCGCCGGCUCCCCUCCAUUUCCCCCCGACUCCCGCCCCGGUCACCAUCCUACCCUCCUCCCUCCUCCUUUCCCCUUACUCCGCUCCCCUCUUUUCCCUCCCCCUCCUCCCCUUCCCUCUAUUCUCUCCUCCUCUUCCUCUCCCCUCCCCCGUCCCGAGCACUCUAUAUUCAAGCCACCGUUUCCUGCUUCACAAAAUGGCCACCGCACGCGACACCUACGGUCACGUGGCCUGCCGCCCUCUCGGUUUCGGGAAUCUGCCUAGCUCCCACUAAGGGGAGGCUACCCGCGGAAGAGCGAGGGCAGAUUAGACCGGAGAAAUCCCACCACAUCUCCAAGCCCGGGAACUGAGAGAGGAAAAAGAGUGAAGGCCAGUGUUAGGAAAAAAAAAAAAAAAACAAAACGAAAAACGAAAGCUGAGUGCAUAGAGUUGGAAAGGGGAGCGAAGAGGCCUAGGUUAACAUUUUCAGGCGUCUUAGCCGGUGGAAAGCGGGAGACGCAAGUUCUCGCGAGAUCUCGAGAACUCCGAGGCUGAGACUGGGGUUUUAGCGGAGAGCACGGGAAGUGUAGCUCGAGAGAACUGGGACAGCAUUUGGCACCCUAAGCUCCAAGGCAGGACUGCUAGGGGCGACAGGACUAAGUAGGAAAUCCCUUGAGGUGAGACCUGAGGGAGCGCGCAGUAGCCGGGCAGAAGUCGCCGCGACAGGGAAUUGCGGUGUGAGAGGGAGGGCACACGUUGUACGUGCUGACGUAGCCGGCUUUCCAGCGGGUAUAUUAGAUCCGUGGCCGCGCGGUGCGCUCCAGAGCCGCAGUUCUCCCGUGAGAGGGCCUUCGCGGUGGAACAAACACUCGCUUAGCAGCGGAAGACUCCGAGUUCUCGGUACUCUUCAGGGAUGAGUCAUGUGGCAGUGGAAAAUGCGCUCGGGCUGGACCAGCAGUUUGCUGGCCUAGACCUGAACUCUUCAGAUAAUCAGAGUGGAGGAAGUACAGCCAGCAAAGGGCGCUAUAUUCCUCCUCAUUUAAGGAACCGAGAAGCUACUAAAGGUUUCUACGAUAAAGACAGUUCAGGGUGGAGUUCUAGCAAAGAUAAGGAUGCGUAUAGCAGUUUUGGAUCUCGUAGUGAUUCAAGAGGGAAGUCUAGCUUCUUCAGUGAUCGUGGAAGUGGAUCAAGGGGAAGGUUUGAUGAUCGUGGACGGAGUGAUUACGACGGCAUUGGCAGCCGUGGUGACAGAAGUGGCUUUGGCAAAUUUGAACGUGGUGGAAACAGUCGCUGGUGUGACAAAUCAGAUGAAGAUGAUUGGUCAAAACCACUCCCACCAAGUGAACGCUUGGAACAGGAACUCUUUUCUGGAGGCAACACUGGGAUUAAUUUUGAGAAAUACGAUGACAUUCCAGUUGAGGCAACAGGCAACAACUGUCCUCCACAUAUUGAAAGUUUCAGUGAUGUUGAGAUGGGAGAAAUUAUCAUGGGAAACAUUGAGCUUACUCGUUAUACUCGCCCAACUCCAGUGCAAAAGCAUGCUAUUCCUAUUAUCAAAGAGAAAAGAGACUUGAUGGCUUGUGCCCAAACAGGGUCUGGAAAAACUGCAGCAUUUCUGUUGCCCAUCUUGAGUCAGAUUUAUUCAGAUGGUCCAGGCGAGGCUUUGAGGGCCAUGAAGGAAAAUGGAAGGUAUGGGCGCCGCAAACAAUACCCAAUCUCCUUGGUAUUAGCACCAACGAGAGAGUUGGCAGUACAGAUCUACGAGGAAGCCAGAAAAUUUUCAUACCGAUCUAGAGUUCGUCCUUGCGUGGUUUAUGGUGGUGCCGAUAUUGGUCAGCAGAUUCGAGACUUGGAACGUGGAUGCCAUUUGUUAGUAGCCACUCCAGGACGUCUAGUGGAUAUGAUGGAAAGAGGAAAGAUUGGAUUAGACUUUUGCAAAUACUUGGUGUUAGAUGAAGCUGAUCGGAUGUUGGAUAUGGGGUUUGAGCCUCAGAUUCGUAGAAUAGUUGAACAAGAUACUAUGCCUCCAAAGGGUGUCCGCCACACUAUGAUGUUUAGUGCUACUUUUCCUAAGGAAAUACAGAUGCUGGCUCGUGAUUUCUUAGAUGAAUAUAUCUUCUUGGCUGUAGGAAGAGUUGGCUCUACCUCUGAAAACAUCACACAGAAAGUAGUUUGGGUGGAAGAAUCAGACAAACGGUCAUUUCUGCUUGACCUCCUAAAUGCAACAGGCAAGGAUUCACUGACCUUAGUGUUUGUGGAGACCAAAAAGGGUGCAGAUUCUCUGGAGGAUUUCUUAUACCAUGAAGGAUACGCAUGUACCAGCAUCCAUGGAGACCGUUCUCAGAGGGAUAGAGAAGAGGCCCUUCACCAGUUCCGCUCAGGAAAAAGCCCAAUUCUAGUGGCUACAGCAGUAGCAGCAAGAGGACUGGACAUUUCAAAUGUGAAACAUGUUAUCAAUUUUGACUUGCCAAGUGAUAUUGAAGAAUACGUACAUCGUAUUGGUCGUACGGGACGUGUAGGAAACCUUGGCCUGGCAACCUCAUUCUUUAACGAGAGGAACAUAAAUAUUACUAAGGAUUUGUUGGAUCUUCUUGUUGAAGCUAAACAAGAAGUGCCGUCUUGGUUAGAAAACAUGGCUUAUGAACACCACUACAAGGGUAGCAGUCGUGGACGUUCUAAGAGUAGCAGAUUUAGUGGAGGGUUUGGUGCCAGAGACUACCGACAAAGUAGCGGUGCCAGCAGUUCCAGCUUCAGCAGCAGCCGCGCAAGCAGCAGCCGUAGUGGCGGAGGUGGCCACGGUAGCAGCAGAGGAUUCGGUGGAGGUGGCUAUGGAGGCUUUUACAACAGUGAUGGAUAUGGAGGAAAUUAUAACUCCCAGGGGGUUGACUGGUGGGGUAACUGAGCCUGCUUUGCAGUAGGUCACCCUGCCAAACAAGCUAAUAUGGAAACCACAUGUAACUUAGCCAGACUAUACCUUGUGUAGCUUCAAGAACUCGCAGUACAUUACCAGCUGUGAUUCUCCACUGAAAUUUUUUUUUUAAGGGAGCUCAAGGUCACAAGAAGAAAUGAAAGGAACAAUCAGCAGCCCUGUUCAGAAGGUGGUUUGAAGACUUCAUUGCUGUAGUUUGGAUUAACUCCCCUCCCGCCUACCCCCAUCCCAAACUGCAUUUAUAAUUUUGUGACUGAGGAUCAUUUGUUUGUUAAUGUACUGUGCCUUUAACUUUAGACAACUUUUUAUUUUGAUGUCCUGUUGGCUCAGUAAUGCUCAAGAUACCAAUUGUUUUGACAAAAUAAAUUUACUGAACUUGGGCUAAAAUCAAACCUUGGCACACAGGUGUGAUACAACUUAACAGGAAUCAUCGAUUCAUCCAUAAAUAAUAUAAGGAAAAACUUAUGCGGUAGCCUGCAUUAGGGCUUUUUUGAUACUUGCAGAUUGGGGGAAAACAACAAAUGUCUUGAAGCAUAUUAAUGGAAUUAGUUUCUAAUGUGGCAAACUGUAUUAAGUUAAAGUUCUGAUUUGCUCACUCUAUCCUGGAUAGGUAUUUAGAACCUGAUAGUCUUUAAGCCAUUCCAGUCAUGAUGAGGUGAUGUAUGAAUACAUGCAUACAUUCAAAGCACUGUUUUCAAAGUUAAUGCAAGUAAAUACAGCAAUUCCUCUUUCAACGUUUAGGCAGAUCAUUAAUUAUGAGCUAGCCAAAUGUGGGCAUACUAUUACAGGGAAAGUUUAAAGGUCUGAUAACUUGAAAUAGGGUUUUAGGAGAAUUCAUCUACUUAGACUUUUUAAAUGCCUGCCAUAAAUGAAAUUGAAAUGGUAGAAUGGCUGACCACAGCAAUGACCAGCCCUCAUUAGGGCCCUGGAUGAUUUUUUGAUUUUUGGUCUAAUAACGCAUGCUAGUGUUGAUGUUUUUUGGUCAAGAGGGUAUGAACAGGAAGAAUUAAAUGCAGCAGGCUUUAUUUUAAAUGCCGAUUCACAUUACUCUGUUCAAGCUGCGUUGAGAUGUUAAACUGGCUUACUAUAGACUUUGUAAAAAUGGCUCCAGAAGAGUAACAAACUGAAAUCUUUGAGAUCACACAGGUUGGAAAUAUGUACAUAACUGCACAAGGUGUCAAUUCUGCUCUACAGUGCAGUUUUAGUCAGUUUUAGUUGCAUAGGUUUCCAUUGUAUUUAUAGUCUGUUUAUGCUAAAUCUGGCCAAAGAUGAGCAUUGUCCACCACUAAAAUGCCUCUGCCACUUUGAAUUCUGUGCUAAUUUUGUGGCCAGAAUGCGGUGAUCAAAACGCUCCAUCUUUUUACAGUGGCAUAGGAAGACGGCAAAAAUUUCCUAAAGUGCAAUAGAUUUUCAAGUGUAUUGUGCCUUGUUCUAAAACUUUUAUUAAGUAGGUGCACUUGACAGUAUUGAGGUCAUUUGUUAUGGUGCUAUUUCAAUUAGUCUAGGUUUAGGCCCUUGUACAUUUUGCCCAUAACUUUUUACAAAGUACUUCUUUUAUUGCACAUUCAGAGAAUUUUAUAUAUAUGUCUUGUGUGCGUGUCCUUAAACUUCCAAUCUUACUUUGUCUCUUGGAGAUUGUUGAACGCAGCUUGUCUAGGAAGGGGAUGGGACUAGAUUCUAAAAUUUAUUUGGGACCAUGGGAAUGAUAGUUGGGAAGAAAACUAUUUGCACACGACAGAUUUCUAGAUACUUUUUGCUGCUAGUUUUAUGUAAUAUUUAUUGAACAUUUUGACAAAUAUUUAUUUUUGUAAGCCUAAAAGUGAUUCUUUGAAAGUUUAAAGAAACUUGACCAAAAGACAGUACAAAAACACUGGCACUUGAAUGUUGAAUGUCACCGUAUGCGUGAAAUUAUAUAUUUCGGGGUAGUGUGAGCUUUUAAUGUUAAGUCAUAUUAAACUCUUAAGUCAAAUUAAGCAGACCCGGCGUUGGCAGUGUAGCCAUAACUUUCUGAUGUUAGUAAAAACAAAAUUGGCGACUUGAAAUUAAAUCAUGCCAAGGUUUUGAUACACUUGUCUUAAGAUAUUAAUGAAACACUUCAAAACACUGAUGUGAAGUGUCCAGAUUCUCAGAUGUUUGUUGUGUGAAUUUUGUUUAGUUGUGUGUUUUUUUUUUUUUUCAGUGAAUGUCUGGCACAUUGCAAUCCUCAAACAUGUGGUUAUCUUUGUUGUAUUGGCAUAAUCAGUGACUUGUACAUUCAGCAAUAGCAUUUGAGCAAGUUUUAUCAGCAAGCAAUAUUUUCAGUUAAUAAGGUUUCAAAAAUCAUGUAAGGAUUUAAACUUGCUGAAUGUAAAGAUUGAACCUCAAGUCACUGUAGCUUUAGUAAUUGCUUAUUGUAUUAGUUUAGAUGCUAGCACUGCAUGUGCUGUGCAUAUUCUGAUUUUAUUAAAAUAAAAAGUUGAACUGCACAGUC